GAAGACCGGUGCUGCGCCGCAUGGCUGUCGUCUCAGCCACGCGUGGUAUUCCUCCUUCCUCCCUCCUCUCCUCCCGACUCAUACGGAUAUACGCAAAAUCAAGGAGUUGCGGUUGGGAAGUAUGUGGCGGACGCAGCUGAGGCGCCAUCGAGUGGUGCCCACCUCUCUUUCCGCCUUCCUGCAGGCAAACUCGACCCUUCAGAAGGAUGCGUCCGCGGCUCUGCACCGCAGCACCGCCCUCGUCGUCGCCGACACCAACAGCAGGUCGAUUUAUGAAAACUUAGUCGCCGAGGAGGCUCUCAUUCGUGCACUCUCGCUUGACGAGACCCAAUGCCUGCUCCUCUACUACGUGAAUCGACCCUGCGUUGUGGUGGGGCGUAAUCAAAACAUUUUUCAAGAGGUGGCGCUGCGGCGCACGGCGUCGGACGGCGUGGACGUGGCGCGGCGUGCGUCGGGUGGAGGUGCCGUCUUCCACGACGAACACAACCUCUGCUUUUCCUUCCUCACGCACCGCUCCCGCUACGCACCGGAGAAGACGAUCCAAAUCGUGCGAUUAGGCCUCUGUGCGAUGUACGGCGUUGACCCGGCGAGGAUCACGACCACCCACCGCCACGAUCUUUUCCUGGAUGGAAAGAAGAUCACCGGCUCUGCGAUGCGAGUCCAGCGGGACAUCGCGUACCACCACUGCACCCUGCUGGUCAACACCCCACACGCGCUGCUGGGCCGGUAUUUGCACCCGGAGGGAGACUACGCCGACUUCCGCACUUCCUCCGUCGGCUCCGUGCGCAGCCCCGUCACGACGCUCACGGAGUCGGGCUGCGUGCCGGCGGUGCCGACGGCUGUGGAUGCGAUGAAAGCCGACAUGACAGCCUUUUUCCUCUCACAAGGGCGUCGCGUGCUGGAGGCGGCAUCGCCGUGGGAGUUGGACAUCGCAGAGCUGCGCUGCGACUUUGCGGCGACUCGCAAGACGUACGCGUCGAGCCCGCUUCACGCCCUCGAUGUGUGUGCAGCCGUGGCGGAGGAUAUGUCUUUCGUCGAAGGCGAGGGCCGCCGCUACGCGCGCGGGGAUGCCGUGACGUUCGCUGAGGCGGUGCGGAAGGCGAAGUCGAAGGCGUGGGCCUACGCCAUGCCGACCUUCACGUCGACUGUGCUGGUUACCCAAGAGGAGUUUCAGCGCUGCCUCAGCGGCCUCCCUGCAUGGAAAGAUGCGGUGCGGCGGUCCUCGUUAACAGCAGAGGAGUUGCUGGAUCUGCUUUCCCAGUCGCUCUUCACGGAGAGGGAGUCGGUGCUGCAGCUGCACACGACGGUCGAUCAUCGCAGCAUUACUCGCUUUGAGGCGACCAGCGCGGGCGGUGAAGCCGUCUCCGCCGCGACGGCUGUGGCGGUGCCUGUGGAGUGGUUGAGUCGCUUCUUCGCCACGCUGCUCGUGGGCAGCACGUGCGACGCGCCGGUGGACGGCGUGGAGGCGGCCGGGGACGCGUCCGUGCUGGUGGGGGGCUUCCUGCACGAGGCGGGCGCUGCCGCCCCCGCUCUUCCCGAUUCGGUCCGCGAUGCCUCUGUUCUGAUGGUGAUCCAGACGGUGCUGUCGAUCUGGAGGAGAAAGAAUGUUUUCGACGUUGACAGAGGCGCGGGGGAGCGGAGGUGA